AUGGGAGAUCGCGACGCUGGAGGGAGUGGAACACACGGGUGUCGGCUUGAGACGCCCGAGGAGGGCAGUGGAGCCCCCCGGCCAUGUCCCCCGGCCGCCGGUGGGCCUCUGCCGCGGGCCGGCGGGCGGCAGGCUGCGGGUCCCGAGGCUGGCGGCGGGGCGGUGGGCCCCUCGCCCCGCGGAGGGGAGAGUGGCCAGGCUUGUCCUACAGCGCCUUCUCCUGGAAGAGGCCGUGGAGACAUAAGGGCUGGUGGCUGCGGUCGGGGCCUGUCGCGCCCCCGGCGGUCGCUCCACGGCCGGGCUCGGAGCCCCGAGGGCGGGAGCCGCGGGCAGGUGACCGCGUCCCGGUCCGUCGGGGCGUGCGCCCACACGCGGACAGAUGCGGCGGAGCCAGGCCGGGCCGGCGGGGCGGCUGAGGGGAUCCCGGCCGCCCUGCACCCUCACAGCUCCGGCUCGGCUGGCUCCCGGCCUGGGGCACUGGAUAGCGGCAGCGGGGGCAUCGAGCGAUGGGAGAAGAGCGAGGGGCUGCAGGCGGCGCGGGUCUCCGCGCAUCCCUCCGUGGGCGCGGGAGAGCAGGCGGCGCGGGGCCGGGCAAGUGUCAGUGCAGCGGCGACGGGACCGGCCGCGGCUUUGGGGGAGCGGGGCACAAACAUGAGGGCGACUGCCAUACACCUCAGCCUAGACAAAGCGCCAUGUUUCUUUCGCCUGCGCGCUGCACUUUUACUGAGGCUUCGGUCCCGCCUGCCCCCGGCCUGCGCGGCACGGGCGCGGUGUUGGAACCCCGCGAGCACGGCCGGGACGCGGGAGAUCCGCACGGGGCCGCGGAGAGAGGGCAAGUUUCCAAGUGAGACCGAGGCAGAGAUUCAGAUGCCAGGCCGCGGGGGUGAAUACCUUAACAACUACGGCGAUGUCUGCGACGUGCCUUCGCCUGGCGGGCAGCCCGGGAUGGCAGCGGGGGCACCAGCACGGCUUUCCCCGCAGCCGGGCCGCCGGGACCGUGUUGCGUCCAGCCUCCACCGCUAG